AUGGAAUACCUGGAGGGGCAGAGCCGCCGGAACAAUCUGGUGUUUGAGGGGGUGUUGGAGUCUCAGGGGGAGUCCUGGGCCGACGCGGAGGCGAAAGUCAAAAAGAUCCUGACUGAGAAGCUCCAGCUGCCGCCGACCGUGGAGCUGGAGCGGGUACACCGCGUCGGGAGACCUGACGGGGAGAGAUCACGACCUCGACCCAUUGUGGCGAAGCUACUUCGCUGGAAGGACCGGGACACUAUCCUACACCGCGCGAAACAACUUAAAGGAACGAACAUAUACAUCAAUGAGGACUACACAGAUGCAGUGAAAAGGAAAAGAAAAGAACUGAUGCCAGAGUUGCGAGCCGCGAGGGAACGGGGGGAAAUAGCAUUUUUAAGAUACGACAAACUGAUAGUUCACCCGCGCACCACCAGCACACCGAACCAAGGCAGAUAA